CAGCUGGUCAGCAAACGGCUUCUGCGGGAGGACACCGCAGCAGAAGAGGGUGGACAGGAUGGAGCAGAGAUCGUGCCGGAACCUCUCUCAGACGAUGAGGUGAAGAACGUGAUGUUCUCUGUGGUGGUUCUUGAGCUGCUCAGAGGCGUGCAGAGGGGUUCAGAGGACAGGAGAAGAUCGCUGAGCUGCCUCCGCUUGGCUCUGCAGAACAAGGAGACUCAGCAGAAGUUUGUCAGGCUGGAUGGCAGCAUUCGGACACUCAUCGGGCUCUUCACCAGCAGCCUGGCUGACAUGCAGAUGGAGGCAGCCCGCUUCUCCCACUCCAGUGACCCCGCUGUGGCCGAGGCGUGUCUGCCAGUGACCUCCUAUCUCCUCACCUACCUCUCAGGACACAGUGUUGAGUUCACGGAGCUGUGUUUGUACACGCUGGGGAACCUGGUAGUGGAAAGCCAAGCUGUGAGGAAGCAGCUUCUGCCUCAGGGCAUCAUUCCAGUGCUGGCAUCCUGCAUCCAGUCCCCGCACGAGGCUGUGCUGGAAGGUCUGGGCUACGUCCUCUCGCAGCUCCUCCAAGCCAAGGAAGCCCCCACAGAGAUCAUACCCUUGGUUCUGGACUCUGUUCUCCCCCAGCACAUGCUUCGACUGGUGUGCUCCGGCCUCAAGGCUGGGAUAGGAGCAGCUGUGGAGUUUGCGUGGUGUCUCCACUACAUCAUUUGUAGCCACACGGCCAGCGGGGCACUGCUGUCGCUGGGGGCCGUGCCUGCCCUCGCCUCGCUUCUGCUCGACCUGGCUUCUGAGAUCCCCCAGGACGCUCCCGAGGGCCUGGAGCUGCUCGUGUGCCCAGUGCUGCGGUGCCUCGGCAACCUGCUGGCGGAGGAGACGGGCUGCCAAGCGCGGAUGCAGGACGAGCGCCUGCUCAUCGCCCUCUUCCUCAUCCUGCAGCGCUUCCUCCAGCAGCACCCGUUCAUCGUACCAGAGUGUCUCUGGCUGCUGAACAACCUCACGGCGGACGAGCCCUUCUUCUGCUCCGCUUUGCUCUCCCUGGACUUGCUCCCAGCCCUGCUGCAGCUCCUGCCCUGUUCCCAGAUGGCCAGUGUGUUGGUCCUGACAGUUCUGUGCAACAUAGCGGAGAAGGGGCCAGCCUACUGCCAGCAGCUGCACCGGGAGUGCCUCGAGCUGCUGCACCUCCUCUUCCUGCACUGCCCAGAGGCUGCUGCUGACUUCGUCAGGCAAGGCGGGCACCGGGCCCUUGAGCAGCACCAGAGCACGCCAGAACUCCAGGAGCGGGCACGAGCACUCCUGGACAUGGUUGGGCAGCCCCUGGGAGCCUCCGCCUUCACUGCCUGCCAUACCACGUUACCUGCCUUCUCCUAG